CUUCUAGCUGCAGUCACUGUGAUUCAGAGCAGACAAGGGGGAGGCCUUUAUUUAGUAUUACGUUCUCUGCACUCUUGGUUUAUUAUUAACCUCCAUAGGCAGCUGGAAAAGAAAACACGACAACCACCUUAAGGAGCAGCUAGGUAAAGGUCUAUGACAAGGAUUGAAGCGCCUGCCUAAGGAUCAACAUUUAUCACAGGAUCUAAGAUCCGAAACAAAGGAUUCAUACAAUCAAAAUGAUGCACAAAUAUCUCCUAUGGACCAGAAAACUUCUGGAAAUAGCACCUUGUCAAACUCUAGAAUGAGAAUAAAUUCAGAGCCCACCUUUGAAGAACCGUAUAUACAUAACAGUUUUGAAGGGAAUUUUCAAGUCUCAAUGAACAGCUCAUUCCAAAUACCUCAUAUCCAAGUGGAGAGGUCUCCUCGAGAUGAGGUGUUUCCUGGUCUAGACAGUCCUCCAACAUCUGCUCAAGUUUUACCCAACUUGCAUGAUGAUCAGGUGCAAGGUGAAUAUGAAACUGUUUUGGAUAUGCAGACAUUUCCUUCAGACCCUAUUUAUGAUGAUGCAGAAGGAAGUGCAUUUCCAGAAUAUCUAGAGUUGAUUCCAGAUUCACCAAACUUACGCCAGAAUGUCUUCAGCAGUAAUCAAACUCCUGGUGCUCAGGACACUCCCUGCCAGCAGGAAACACCAGAAGAGGAAAAUAUCUAUCAGACGUUGAAGGAUAAUGACGUCUCAGAAGAUGGCCUCCUGUCUAGAAACGUCCAGUCUGCAGUAAAUGAACUUAUUGAGACAGAGGAAAACUAUGUACAGUGGCUAAGCUUUCUAACGGCUGAUGUUCAAGAUAGUUUAAAUCAGAUUCCCCAAGUAGAUGUAAAAUGUCUCUUCUCCAACCUGAAUGAGAUUGUUGUGCUGUCUAGUUCAUUUCUAGAGGAACUAAAAAAAACAGAAAAUGAUAAGGAGAACCAACUACGCCAUAUUGGUAAACUGUUCCAGGCAUUCAGUCAGGACAUGCAGUCUUCGUACAGUUUUUACUGCUUGAAUUACCCAGGCAUACUAUCCCUGCUGCGCCAAUAUAAGGAAACAGCGGUCCUUCCGCAGAUCCAGAAGGUUCUGCAAUCAAAGGCGCGUUCAUCAAAAAUGCUUGAACUCAGUUUUCUCCUAGUCAAACCUGUUCAACGCAUCACUAAGUACCCACUUUUAAUUGAAAGAAUGUUAAAAGAUGUCCCUUCAAACCAUAAGUCGCAUGAGGAGCUGCAGAAAGCUUUGAAUGCCAUGCUGGAUGUGAAUAUUAACAUAAACGACAACAAGAGAUGCAGGGAAGUUGCCAGCAAAUACCUCCAUGAAGAUGAAAGGUCUCUCCGGGAUCGAGUAGCUCAGAUAAACUCACACAGUCUCUUAAAGAAAUCUCGACGUGUCGGAACAAUGCUGAAACAAGAAGCAGGAAUUCUUCCCAAGAGAGAAGACAAGGAGUUUGACACAUUGGUAGAGAAUUUCCAAGCCCUGACUUCUAUUGUUAAUGAACUAAAAGAAAACAUUUUAUGUUAUAUGAAGAAUACUGAGGUACUCAUGAGAUUUCAGUUAUAUGCAACUGAACAGGAAUUUCUACAAGGCCCAGCCCAGCAGUUUCAGCGCUUGUCUCUUCUGUUGUUUCAUAAAAUCUACCCAGAAUUUAUAAGAAGGCUUCAAAUCCUAGUUCUGCAGCCUCUUGAAAACCUGUCUGAAUGCUUGAAGGGCCCUAAAAACCUGAUCCGGAAGCAUAUGGACAAGCUACUGGACUUUGAAAAUCUGGAAAAUAAAGGCAGCGAGACUGGCAAUGUGUCUUAUGAGGAGGAACAGAUCAUUAACACCUACAAAACGAUACACUCCAUGCUACUUUGUGAGCUGCCUCGAUGCACCACCUUGUCAUAUCAGUGGCUUCACAAGAUAUUACUUAACUUCUGCUCCCUUCAGAGAGAACUCGCUGAACAAGGGCUUCAUGCAGCAGACAUAGAAGCUGCUCAGCUGCCAUACUAUAAGGCUCCCAAGACUGAAUUCAUGAGGUGGAUAGAAGACUCCAUAAAGCAAUUUUCUUCGCAGCUUAUUGAUAUAUGCAAGAAAUUUGAUGAGCAGAUACCAGCACCUUCAGUCCAGGACCAGAAUCCUCAGUUUCAGCAUCAAGUCCACAUUUUGGUGCAACAUCAUGGACAUGAAAAGAUUUAUCAAUUGACAAGCAAUAUAAGUGGCAGCAGGGAUCUUGACCUGACUCUGCAACGUGGUCAAGUUGUGGCUGUUCUUCAGAUGUCAGACACCAAAGGAAACAAAAACAGAUGGCUGGUGGACACAGGAGGUGCAAGAGGAUAUGUGCCCAGCAGUAAACUGCAAGCUUACCAUGUAGCGAACCAUCCACAUCCAGGCAAUAGAUUACUUGCUGUAAACAACAUCACAGAGAAGAGAAGACACUCCUAUACUUCCCAAGUGUGUCCAUACCCAUCUCUUCAAGAUACAACACCUAUAUUCCAGAUAGUUGCCGGUUAUCCUUAUACUGCACGGAGCAACUACGAGGUCACAGUCAUGGGGGGAGAACCAGUGACCGUGCUUGAGCCACAUGACAAAAAGGGGAGCCCAGAGUGGAGCCUGGUGGAAGUGAAUGGGCAGAGGGGGUACAUACCUUCUAAUUACCUAAUGAAAGUUCCUGUGCAGAAGAAAAUACCUUCAACUACAUUAAGCUAUAACAUGUAACUAUUAAAAAAACAGCUUGUGCCGCAGCAUAAGAAACUGAUGAAGAAGAAUAGCUUUUGUGCUUUCCAAGAUCCAGUGCAAGGUUUGCAUGUGUUUUUUUCAGCUAAUUACUUGUUAUGCUUUCCUAGAGCAUGUGAAUAUGUGGCACAUGGAUUCCUGUAUUACAUGUUAUGCACAACUGACUCGGUAAAUGCCUAAAGAUUACAAACAUAGUAUUAAUAUUCUAAUCUUCAAAGGCAUAGCAUAGCUUGUGCACUGUAAUUAUUGAUGUAAAUCUGUAUACAACAUAUGCCUUAUAAUUUUAAUAACUCACUUUAUAGGCCCGAUGAUCCAAAACUCUCCUCGCUGGCGAGAUUAUGUAAAAUAUCUGAUCAGUACUGUGAGGUCCCUCAAAUAAUUUAAUAAGGGCAAAUUUUAGCUUGAGAGCUGUUUACCGCACUAUGUAGCGUUCUGGAUUUGUCAUACCAGUCUGGAAGCAGAACCUCAGUGCAGUGGUAGGACAUGAACACACCUGGCCUCUGGACUGUGUGUCAGAUUACAGGAGGGUGAAUGGUAAAGUUGCAGCGCAGAUCAGUAGACAGGAAACAAUACAGGAUGCUAUGUACCUUGCUGAAACUCAAAGCAGGUUAGAUUAACGCUAUGGGUGUUGACAAAGAUUAAUUGUAGAAGAGUUGAAAACAGAAUUUCAAGGCUGCAAAAAACAGGAUUGGUGUUGACAAUGGAGUUCUAGAAUACAGGCUAGAUACAGAGACUGCGAGUAGUAAAGUUCAAACUGAAGUGGUCCAGAAAAUAUAAGUUCAUAGGGAGUUGAGACAAGUUGUAAGUCUGAUAGAAAUCCACUUUAUUCAGAGUAAUACACGUACCUUUUGCAGCAGUUCACAAGGAGUGUGAUAGGUUGCAGAGCUGAGACAUAUCUAUUGAUAUAGUUUGUGCAGCAGUUCACAAGGAGUGUGAUAGGUUGCAGAGCUGAGACAUAUCUAUUGGUAUAGUUUGUGCAGCAGUUCACAAGGAGUGUGAUAGGUUGCAGAGCUGAGACAUAUCUAUUGAUAUAGUUUGUGCAGCAGUUCACAAGGAGUGUGAUAGGUUGCAGAGCUGAGACAUAUCUAUUGGUAUAGUUUGUGCAGCAGUUCACAAGGAGUGUGAUAGGUUGCAGAGCUGAGACAUAUCUAUUGGUAUAGUUUGUGCAGCAGUUCACAAGGAGUGUGAUAGGUUGCAGAGCUGAGGCAUAUCUAUUGGUAUAGUUUGUGCAGCAAUUCACAAGGAGUGUGAUAGGUUGCAGAGCUGAGGCAUAUCUAUUGGUAUAUUUUGUGCAGCAAUUCAUGAGGAGUUUAUGUUGCAGAGUUGAUAAAUAUCCACUUCUAUAGCUAGGAAGUAACACAUGAAGCAGAUCAGAAGUCGUUAGAACAGAAGCAGGUAAACUCACAGGAAACAGGUACUUGCAAAACUUGGAAUUAAAGUGAUUUCUAGAUGAAUAAUCCAGGGCAGACAACAUAAAAAUAUGCAGGCAAAGGCGGCAGAAAACCAGAUCACAGAGUUCAGAUGGCAGUUGCGCAGACAAUGUUAACCUGUGCUAAUGCAAUGAACAGUCCUCUCCUUAUAAGGAUCCAGGUGAAACCAAUUUAGUCAGACAUCACAGCAGUGAAUGAAACUCCCGCAGAAAUGUGAUUGACAGAUGGAGAGAUGUAAUGGAGCAAGAGCAAAGCUGUCUCUAAAAAGUACAUAGAGGGCGAUUUAUCAAGCUGAGGCGGACAGGGGCGCACAUACGCGCCCAUGUCUACCACAGCUCGCCUCUAGCGGCUGAAUUCCCCUGGCAGAAUUCAGCAUUGCACACGAGCGCUAUUUUGCGCUUGCGUGCAAUCCCGCCUCCUGCCCGCGCACAGCCAAACAUACGCGGGCAGGAGCUUUCAAUCUCCCCGGUCAGACUAGACCGCAGAGAUUGAAUUUUGCUAAUUUAGAGGUGGCAAAAGAUUAAGGAAGCAGGGGUCUGAUGACCACUGCUUGUUAAAUAUGGUGUGCAGGUUCUCUUGUGACAACCUGAAGCCAUAGUGGGUCGAAAGGCUUGCAAAGCCUUUGAUAAAUCGACCCCAUAGUAUCCAACACAAGGUCUUGCAAAAAGGAGCUUCUUAAAGAGACAGCAACAGAACUGGUAGGACAGGCAGGGCAUAACAGGAUGUGAAGAAGAAACUUAUACAUUACAAUAUAAUGCUAUAUAAAAAAACUAAGAUAUUUUUGUUAUUUCUCUCUAUGUCUGCAAGUUUUUGAUCAUUAGGCUUUAUAAGAGAAUUUUGAUUAAAAUGAAUUGUACAAUUAACAUACACUUUUGGCAGGCGUUAUGCAUGUGAUAUUUCUCAUACUACUCUAAAUGUAAUGGUAACUUAUGGUGCAAUACAUUAAACCAGGAUGUUUCAAAACUGUCAUCAUUCUGCUCUAAAGAUGCCAGAUUUAAGGCCAGAUUACGAGUGGAGCAUGAGUUUGCGCUUGGGGGUUAGCACUCAUAUUACAAGUUGAAAGUAAAAAGUUUGCAAAAAACUCAAAUUUGCACCACCCCCCCUCCCCAGAAUAACACCUACAAGUCCCGCAAACAUAGAAACACAGAAUUUGACGGUAGAUAGGAACCAAUAAGUUAGUUGUGUGGGACAAUGUCAAAUGCUUUGGUAAAGUCUAGAUAUGCAACACCUAUGGCUCCUCCCUGAUCUAUUAAUUUAGUUAAAUGGUCAAAGAAAUCAAUUAGAUUAGUCUGACAUGAUCUUCCAGCAGUGAAACCAUGCUGUCCUUUGUCUUCUAAGUUGUUUGUCUGAAGGUAUUACAUAAAGUAUUUCCUUUAAAAGAGUUUCCAUAUGUCUAUAUAUGUAUAAUAUAUGUAUGUGUUUAUGUCUAUAUAUGUCUAUAAAUAUAUAUACAUAUAUACACAUGUAAACACAUAAAUACAUAUUUACACACAUAUAAACAUAUAUAUAUAUAUAUAUAUAUAUAUAUAUAUAUAUAUAUAUACACACACACACACACACACACGCAUAAUAUAUAUAUAUAUAUAUAUAUAUAUACAUAUUUAGACAUGUGUGUAUGUAUCUCUAUGUUAAACCCCUUUGCAGUCCUUUUUUUUUCUAACACCUGAGACCUCAUAUCUUUGAGCCCUUUUAACUUUUUAAUGCAAUUUUUGUUGAUUUUUAUUAGACAGUGUUAUUAUGAGUUUAACUGUGCUUUUAAAUGUAUUUUCGAUCUGUUUUGUGACACUAUUUAUUUAAGCGUAACCAUUAACCAGAGCUCUAAAGUCCCUGUAAUCAUUCACGCGUUUGGAUUUACUUUAAACUUGUAAUACGAGCAGAAUUUAACUUGCUCUCAAAUAUAUCGCUUCCCUCGUAAUCUAGUCUAUAAUAGUCAGCCAUUGCAUGCAUGGUGUUUACAUAUAUUAUAUUUUUUUUUUCCAUGGAGGUUGUGCAGUAAACGAUUUUCAGAAGGUAUUUUCAGCAUGAAUCUUUAUUUUACUAUGAGACAGAGUCUUCAAAAAGGACCAUUUUUUUUAAAUAAAAAAAAUAAUAAUCUGCUUCUAUUUUUUUUGCCAACUUUUUGAGAGUUACAGUAAAAAUCUAUUUUAUUAUAUUUGUAUAUGUUUGUAUGUUUUUAAGUCUUAGGUUAUAUACUCAUUUGAAAUUUUUUAUAUUAAAAUAUUUGUAGAAUAUUAGCCUAAUUUUAUAGAGAGAAGAUAUAAGGACGUCUAUCAUUCAUUUGGCAUAUAAGACACAGUAUGUUUUUCUGGCCAUUAUUUAAUAAAGGGGUCUUAUAUUCCAAAAAUGACUACUCAAAAGAUUUAAGGGACACUAAACCCAAAUUUUUUUCUUUCAUAAUUCAGGUAAAGAAUACAAUUUUAAGCAACAUUACAAUUUACUUAUAUUAUGUAAUUUGCUUCAUUCUUUAGAUAUCCUUUGUUGAAGAAAUAGUGAUGCACAUGUGUGAGCCAAUCACACAAGGCAUCUUUGUUAAAGCCACCAAUCAGCAGCUACUGAGCCUAUCUAGAUAUGCUUUUCAGCAAAGGUUAGCAAGAGAAUGAAGGAAAUUAGACAAUAGAAGGAAAUUAGAAAGUUGUUUAAAAUUACAUGCUUUUUCUAACUCAUGAAAGAAAAAAUUGAGGUUUCAUGUCCCUUUAAGCUCAGUUUCUCUUCUUUUUCAGAUUUUAUCUGCAACAUUGUAAUUGAAGGAAGCAAUUUGUUUUGAAUUUGCUGUAGCAUGUGCAGAAAGCAUGUACUUUGUUAUUUCCUACUUUUAUGUACAAAUAUGUGAAAAUGUUCAGAAUUGCACUAUAGUUCCUAAAGCGAGAUGUAUUUUUAAAUGUGAAAAUGUGAAGCUUAAAAUACUUUUCAUAGGUUACUAAAUAAGUUCAUGUGAUUCAGUUGUGUUGUCACUUGGCCUAGAACACAUAUAAGUAAAAAAAUAUGUUCAAUUUAAAAUGUUGCUGGCAUUAUUUUUAAACACUCCACCAUGUUGGAGAUCAUGACUCCAUUUUCUGUUGUGCUUGAUAAAAUGCUUGCAAUAAACAGUACUUGUUGCUCACCAACAUAA